GUCAAUUACCAUCGAGAUACCGCCGGUCAACCAUCUCAAAGCGAGCACAAGCUCCCUGGCAACCAGCAUCACGCUCGGUCACAAUCCACGGCAUGUCUUGCUGUAGGCAUGAAUGGCUCGUAUAGGAGGAGUUGAUCAAGGGAAGAAAGGGGACGUCUUGAUGGGUGCAGAUCAUGGAAAGGGCCCUGAGGGCAAGCUUGGCGAGCGCCUCUCGAGUUUAUAAAAACCUGCCUCGUCUUGCCCCGACAAGAGGCAUGCGGACAAGUGCCACCCGACAGAGAUCCUCAUUCUUCACGCUUCCUGUUGUUGUUUAUAUCGCUUCCGCUCCGCAACACCAUGCCUUCGAAGCACGAGCUGUCCCUCGUCCGCUCCUACGAGCAGGGCGAGGUGACGAGCUGUCCAUUCCCUACAGUCACUGCCUCAUUCUACCACCAUGCUCUCGGCUUCCCCGACGCAAUUGCCGUCAGGGACCUCUCGAGCCAGCCGCCGCGGGAGCUCACAUAUCGCCAACUUCGAAUUCAUGCACAGAGUCUGGCGAGAAAGCUCCGAGGCCUCGGUGUAGGCCGAGGACAACGCGUCCCACUACUCGUGAAGCGGGGCCAAGAGAUGAUUGUCGGUAUCUGGGCCAUCCUGUCCUGUGGAGCGCAGUACGUUCCUCUGGACGGGGGAGUUGUGCCAGAGUCCACCAUCCGAACCGUCAUUGAGCAAUCGAGCUGCUCGGUCGUUCUCUGCAUCUCCUCGACGGAGCAACGACUCAAGGACUUACACCAAGAUGGACCGCUGACGCCCGUCCUGAUCGACGAACACUGCCGUUCUGACAGUGAGACAUACUCGAAUCAAGAGGUGCUUGACCUGGCAACAGCCGACGACGGAUGCUACGUCAUUUACACAUCUGGGACCACCGGCAAGCCAAAAGGAGUAGACGUCACCCACCGGAAUGUAGCGAACUUGGUGUGCCAGAGCCCCGGCAACCUGGAUGUACGGCCCGGGACGUGUGUCGGCAGCAUUCUGAACAUAAGCUUUGACAUGGCUGCCUGGGAGAUUUUCACCUGUCUAUGCAACGGCGGCACCCUCGUCGUUCGCGGCUCUCAAUGGGAACCGGCACUGGAGCAGAUCAACGUCUUGAUUUGCACACCUACUAUCCUCUCCAAGUACCACCCCACAAAAUUCCCCAAGAUCCGGGCGGUUGCUACUGCGGGCGAGGCAUCGUCCCAAAAUCUUGCCGACCUCUGGGCAACGCACACGACGUACUGGAACUGCUGUGGGCCUACCGAGACGACAAUUGUGAACACAAUGUCCAGGCACGUUGUUGGGCAGAAGCUGUCCAUUGGCAAGCCGACACCGAACAACAAAGUGUACAUCCUUGACGGAGACCUUGAGCGCGUUGCUCUUGGUGCUUCUGGAGCCAUGUGGGCCGGCGGCCAUGGCGUGUCCAGGGGCUAUGUCGGCCUCGAGGCCAAGACCAAGGAGGCGUACCUACCCGACAAGUUUGCCAACGACGGCUCGUUCAUGUACAAGACUGGUGAUCUCGGGUCAUGGAUGGAAGGGGGCGCCAUUGACAUCCUCGGGCGUGCCGAUGACCAGGUCAAGGUCAAGGGCUUCCGCGUGGAGCUCGAUGGCAUCUCUGCCACUCUGGCCUCGUUCCCGGGCGUCACACGAGCCACUGCUCUGCUCAUCGACGGUCAGAUCCAUGGCUUCGUGUCACCGGACCAUCUCGACACCGUCUCCAUCCUCGACCACACCAAGAAGUCCCAGCCAUACUAUGCCGUGCCUUCCAAGAUCAUCCUUCUCUCGCAUCUGCCAUCGACGGCGAACGGCAAGAUUGAUAAGAAGGCCUUGAUGACGAUGCACGUGGCGGAGGAGCCCGUCCAACGACCUGAGGUAGAGCCCAAGCCUGCGGUGGUGUCUGAGAAGGUUGUGGAUCUCGAAGCCGCUGUCGAGACUCGUUCCAUCUCGGGUACAUCCGUCUCUGCCACGUCGUUGACCACCACGACAACAUCGACGACCGUGGACAAGAAGGAUCUCUCUGCCGACAUCCCCGACAAGCGCAGAGGCCGUCCCUGGCGAGGUCUUCGUCACCGCGUCUUUAUCAUCUACCGCCAGCUCUUUAGCCUCAUGUGGCUGCUCAACACUGGAUUCCUUGUUGCGCUUCUCGUAACCGAUGGCGGGUAUUCCUGGCUUAACCUUUUGGUGGCCGGCAACCUGGUGGUAUGCAUCCUGAUCCGCCAGGAGCUCGUCAUCAACGCUCUCUACACCAUUUUCUGCUCCGUACCCAAGGGAUGUCCUCUCUGGAUCCGAUCGCGAUGCGCGGAGAUUUACCAUCUGGGUGGUGUUCACUCUGGUGCUGGCAUAUGUGCUACGGCCUGGCUACUCAUCUCAACCGUGCGCGCCACUUGGGAUCGCGUUGCCGACGGGACCCUCAACCAAUUGAACCCGAAUGCUCUAGCCGUCCUGGUGCUUUCGUGGAUCUUGUGCAUCCUCUGCGUCUGCAUGGUCGGCUUCGCCUGUCCUGGCUUCCGCAAGCGCUACCACAACCAAUUCGAGCGCAUCCACCGCUUCGUGGGAUGGACGACACUCGUCAUCUUCUGGGUUCGCGCUGUUCUGUCCGUGGAUGGCGAGCGAGGCCGUGCCCAGGAGCUCGGUCAUGCUCUGGCCAAGAGCCCCAUCUUCUGGAUCCUCAUUGUGGCCACCCUGAGCGUCGCGUCCUCGUGGUUCUUCCUCCGCAAGGUGCGCGUCGAGACAGAAGUCCUGUCCAACCACGCUGUCCGUCUUCACUUUGACUAUACCACACCUGUCAACGGCAGCUUCACACGCCUGUCCGAAAGGCCUCUUCUGGAAUGGCACUCUUUCGCCACGAUCCCCAAGCCCAAGGCCUCGGGCAAGGGAUACUCCCUGCUCGUAUCCAACGCUGGGGACUGGACGUGCCGGUGCAUUGAGAACCCCCCGACCCAGAUGUGGGUGCGUGGCCUGCCCACAUGCGGCGUCAUGCGCAUUGCGACCUUGUUCAACCGCGUGGUCAUCAUCGCCACGGGCUCGGGCAUCGGGCCUGUCCUCGGGCACAUUGGGCAGCCGAGCUGCCCUACGCAGCUCAUCUGGUCGACCAAGGACCCUGAAUCGACCUUUGGCGAGAACGUCAGCCGCACGAUCCGGCGGAACAUUCCCGACGCGGUCAUCCACGACACCAAGGUCAACGGACGUCCUGAUCUGGUGCGGAUGGGAUUCAACAUGGCGACCAAUUUCGGGGCGGAGGCUGUCAUCAUCAUCGCCAACGAGAAGAUCACCAAGAAGGUGGUGUAUGGUCUUCAGACGCGUGGCGUGCCAGCUUACGGCGCCAUCUGGGACAGCUGAGUGUCUAUGAACUUGCUGUCCCGUCCAUUCAUGGAUAUAUCUCCUUUUAUUGUCCAUUUCUCUUUUCUCAUUGGGAGGCUCAGCUCGUUUCUUUUUUUCACAUGGCGCGUUUCUGGAUCUAUUUUCAUGGCAUAGCCUGUCUGGCUGUUUUCUCUUGUCUUUUCAUACCAUAAUACCAUUUCACUUACUCUUCUCCAAUUGAAUCUGUUUUCACACGCUUGGAGUGUCAUGUCCAUU